AGUUUACUUACAAAUUACAAUAUACAAAUAUAAGCAUGUACCCAGCAGCUAUGAGUUCAAGUUCAACGCUGCCCCCAGCAUAUUCAACCUCAAGAAUCUCGGAUUCUCUCCUAAACACAUCUAAAUCGUAACCAAAAAAAAAAUUAAAAAAUUGUGCUGUGAUGGCUUGUUUUGGAUGCAAGAAUUCUGUUAGAGAAGAUUUUGAAGAAGGCUGGGUGAAAACAGGUAGCUUGCCGAAAAAGAAGAAGAAAAAUCCAUGGAUAUCUUGGUCGAGAACGAAGAAAUUAUCUCCUGCGAAAACUGUUUCGGUUAGUGUAUCCAUGUCCGAGAAGUUAGAUUCGGUUGGCAAAUCGCAGUUGUUCAAGAUGGAUGAUGUUCUUCCUUCUAAGAAGCACAGACACCGCACCGGAGUCAACGCCGCCGCUAAUAAACCUUACAAGAAGAAGACGGGGACUGUCAAGGAAAUCAUCCUCAAAAGCGGUGAAAUAAAUCAUUUGACUUCACUGGCAAGAGAAGACAUGAAGCAUGAGAAGAAACACUCCGGCAGGAAAAAAGAAACCGAUAAAAACAAGCCAAGUUCACCCCCGGAAAACAAGACUCCGGUUGCUACUAAUGUCGAAAAUGUUGAUGAAAAUGUUACCAUAAAGAACCAAAAUAAAGAAGCUUUGGACUCGAUAGUGGGAAUGUCGAUCAUAAUUGUGAUUUUAGCAGUAGUUUUAUUUUGGGGCAAGUUGUGUGCUAUUCUUUGUACAUCUGCAUGGCUCUAUAUGAUUCCUAGGUUACGAACGGCCGCGGAUUCUGAUGUUAUCAUGAACGAUGCACUAGAAUCCGAUGUGCUGAAUUUAUAUUCCGAUGAGCACAAGAAGAGGGUGGUGCUUGAGGGACUUCUUCAGAGAAAUCGUCGGAGUGUCAUUGGACUGUUAUAGUUUCUUCUCCUCCUCUUUUCUUCUUUGGUGUACAUAAAUGAUAGACAUCGUUUCAACGUC